GGAAAAGCGAGGAGUCCGUAAUUCAUGAUCCAUCCAGUCGAUUGAAAUCCGCAGGAAAGAAAGAGGAGGGCAGGCCAAUGACCGGACAGCUACUUUCCCCCAGUCCCUGGCCCGGUUCCACACGCCGACGUAAAUCCUCACCCAAAUCGGUCACUUUUCUGUUGCUGAAGUGGUCUCCCGCCCGAGUCGACCUUGAACUACUUUCCCUCCUCCUCUUCGCGUUUUGUGUCCGCGUGGCAUGGAUCUCUUCCCCGACACUGGCUUCUUCUUCUUCUUCAUCUUGUUGCUGUCGUCACCAUUGACUGUUGUCCUUUCUGCCUCAGCAUGGCGCCUAGCAACCCCAUUGAUUUCUCUUAAUCCGAUAUCCCCCCGUCAGCUUCGCUGCUCUUUCUGAUCGCAUGUCCCGCUCGCAGGAAUGCUUAUCGUUGGGAAGACCUUCU